AUGAAACAAGUUUGGGCGAUAGGUCUUCUUUUUGCACUCUUUGCCUUUGCUGCUGUGAAGGCAGAGGAUGAACUUGACGUCGAUGGGAUGGUAGAAGAGGACUUUGGUAAAAGCAGAGAUGCUUCCAGAACAGAUGACGAGGUGGUGCAGAGAGAGGAGGAGGCUAUACAGCUGGAUGGAUUGAAUGCAGCUCAGAUCAAGGAACUCAGAGAAAAGUCUGAAAAACAUGUCUUUCAGGCUGAAGUCAACAGAAUGAUGAAGCUGAUUAUCAACUCCCUGUACAAGAACAAGGAGAUCUUCCUUAGGGAGCUGAUUUCCAAUGCCUCAGAUGCUCUGGAUAAGAUCCGCUUGUUGUCUCUGACCAAUGAGAAUGCAAUGGCUGCCAAUGAGGAGCUGACCAUCAAAAUCAAAUCUGAUAAGGAGAAGAACAUGCUCCACAUCACUGACACUGGUAUUGGAAUGACCAAAGAUGAUCUAAUAAAGAACUUGGGCACCAUCGCAAAGUCUGGCACCAGCGAGUUCCUCAACCAGAUGACGGAGAUGCAGUCUGAGGAUCAGUCCACUUCAGAGCUGAUUGGCCAGUUCGGCGUGGGUUUCUACUCUGCCUUCCUCAUCGCCGACAAGGUCAUCGUGACGUCCAAACACAACAAUGACACCCAGCACAUCUGGGAAUCUGACUCUAAUCAGUUCUCUGUCAUUGAGGAUCCACGUGGGGACACACUGGGCCGAGGAUCCACCGUCACACUGGUCCUGAAAGAGGAGGCCUCAGACUAUCUGGAGCUGGAGACCAUCAAGAACCUUGUCAAGAAAUACUCUCAGUUCAUCAACUUCCCCAUCUACGUUUGGGCCAGCAAGACUGAGACAGUUGAGGAGCCUAUCGAGGAAGAUGCUGAAGCAGCAGAGGAACCAGAGAAAGAGGCUGCUGAAGAAGAGGCCGAGGUAGAGGAAGAGGAGGAGGACAAAGAGAAGCCUAAGACAAAGAAGGUUGAGAAGACGGUGUGGGACUGGGAGCUGAUGAAUGAUAUCAAGCCCAUCUGGCAGAGACCAGCUAAGGAGGUCGAGGAGGAGGAGUACAAAGCUUUCUACAAGACCUUCUCUAAGGACACCGAAGACCCUCUGGCCCACAUCCACUUCACAGCUGAGGGUGAAGUUACCUUCAGGUCCAUUCUGUUUGUGCCUACUGCAGCCCCACGCGGCCUGUUUGACGAGUAUGGCUCCAAGAAGAACGACUACAUCAAGCUGUUUGUGAGGAGAGUUUUCAUCACGGACGACUUCAACGACAUGAUGCCCAAGUACCUGAACUUCGUCAAGGGAGUGGUUGACUCUGAUGACCUUCCACUGAAUGUGUCGAGAGAGACUCUGCAGCAGCACAAACUGCUCAAGGUUAUCCGCAAAAAGCUGGUGCGUAAGUCUUUGGACAUGAUCAAGAAGAUCGCAGAGGAGCACUACAACGAGAAGUUCUGGAAGGAGUUUGGAACCAACAUCAAGCUGGGUGUCAUUGAGGAUCACUCCAACAGGACCCGUCUGGCCAAGCUGCUGCGCUUCCAGACCUCCAACAGUGACACAGACGUGGCCAGCCUGGAGCAGUACGUGGAGCGCAUGAAGGAGAAGCAGGACAAAAUCUACUUCAUGGCGGGUACCAGCAGGAAGGAGGCUGAGGCUUCUCCCUUCGUGGAGAGUCUGCUGAAGAAGGGCUACGAGGUGAUCUACCUGACGGAGCCUGUGGAUGAGUACUGCAUCCAAGCACUGCCCGAGUAUGACGGAAAACGCUUCCAGAACGUCGCAAAGGAGGGCGUCAAAUUUGACGAGAGUGACAAGACCAAGGAGAAGAGGGAGGCCCUGGAGAAGGAGUAUGAACCUCUCACCACUUGGCUGAAGGAAACUGCUCUGAAGGACAAGAUUGAGAAGGCCGUCAUCUCUCAGAGGCUCACUAACUCACCCUGCGCUUUGGUUGCCAGUCAGUACGGCUGGUCAGGAAACAUGGAGAGGAUCAUGAAGGCACAGGCUUACCAGACAGGAAAAGACAUUUCCACUAACUAUUAUGCCAGUCAGAAGAAAACAUUAGAAAUCAACCCCAAACAUCCCCUUGUCAAGCAGAUGCUUAACCGAGUCAAUGAGGGCGGCGAGGACCAGACUGCCUCAGAUCUGGCUGUGGUUCUGUUUGAGACGGCCACGCUGCGCUCAGGCUACCAACUGGCUGACACCAAGGCUUAUGGGGAAAGGAUAGAGCGCAUGCUCCGACUCAGCAUGAAUGUACCCCUGGACGAACAGAUUGAAGAAGAGCCGGAGGAGGAGCCAGAAGAGCCAGCAGAGAACGACUCUGAAGAUAAAGAGGAAGUUAUGGAUGACGAAGAUGAUGAUGAAACGAUAACAUCGGACAAAGACGAACUGUGAAGCACUUAAUGUAACAACUGAGCUGGAAAUGGAUUUGAUUCUUGUUCCAGCGCCACCGUGGUCGACAUUGUCCUGGGUGGGGUCCCUGGGUUGGGGUUUUCUAAGGAGAGCAUUGUUUUUUUUGUUUUUUUUUAUUACAUUCCUCAUGACUGUAAAUUUGUUAAUAUUUAACUGACCUGUUUAUGGAAAAGAAACGAUCCUGUCUCUUGAUCGAAUAAAUGUUUCCUGGGAAAAGGACAUGAAGCUUCUGUUUUGUGAUGUUAAAAAUACAAAGUAACUGAAAGGAAGUUGCUUUGACUUAAGGUUGUCAAUGAGAUGGGCUGCUUCCACCCCGCACUUAAAAAACCCAUUUUGUGGAUGACGGUGACGGAUGGGGGUCGUGUGUAAAAUAACAAAUGACAAGGAAAGUCACGUAAUGGAAAAGGCUUUUAGCCAACUGUCUGUCCAUCAUCAAAAAAAUACAGAAGCUUAACGGAGAAAGAAGCAGAUCAAAUCAUCAACGGUGAAAACCUUGAAUCAACCCGAUGAUCAUAUUUCAGAUGAUUUCAUGACUUGAGGAAUAAUGGGGAGAUAAACUUUAUUAAUAAACAGAACAUUCUGGA